ACUACCAAACGGGCAACAGCCAAUCUCAUGGAAAAUAGUGUGUUCUUCUUCUGAAUUAACAUGAAUGGAUUAGCUGGGGUUGAGUAACGACACAUACAGAGUACAUGAUAAUUUAAACAAGUGCUGAGAAACCUUCCUACUGAACUACUUUUGCAGCAAAGGACAGUUGAAUCCGUUGCAAAAGAGUUCUCUUUUCUGGACUCUGUAAAUUGACACUGUUUUGAUUACACCAUGGAUGACAUGGAUGAUCCUAUGGCUAUUGCCUCGCCCAUGGGGACAAAUGGUGGGUACACCAAUGGGUACGACAUUGGACCAGCUCAGGGGUGGAGUCACCCCGGAGGAGGAGGAAAGAUGGUAAAUUUAUCCAUGGACGAUGAUGUUGUAGACCCCAUUGCGGCCAGUAUGGAACUGCCAGAUAGCAGAUACAAUUCCCAAUCACAGAGACAGCAGUCACCGGUGCCCUCCUACCAAUCUGAUCCAUAUGAUCAGAGAUCAGACGCCAACCAACAGCAUCGCCAACCUAGCUAUUCUCCAUACCCCGCAUCAAACGAACCAUCAUGGGAAUGGCAGUAUGGAUCAGUCAGGCUGAACAGAAAUCCAACUUGUGGCUUUGGUUUGGCAGUGAUCGGGGGCAUCGACAACCCAACAAAUGCUGGGGAAAUUUCCAUCAUUGUGAAAGACAUUCUGCCAAAUGGACCAGCUGACGUCAGACUCAAGAAAAACGACAGACUGCUGAAGGUUAAUGGAAUUAGUAUGGAGAAUGUGGAACACGCUGUUGCAGUUGGAGCUCUUCGCAGUGCAGGAGAUACUGUGGUCAUUGAAUACAGACGGAAGACCCAGGCCCAAGCGCCCAUCACUAAAGCCCAGACACUGCCGGCGUACUCCCAGCCGCCCCACUUCGACACCACUGAUAAUACCGGCUCUUACUACACGCCCCCGAGCCAGAGGUCAGCCUCUCAGCCGCCGAGCCGCCGGAUGGGUUCACAGCUGUCUCUGACCAACUCCCAGGGCCGCUCGGCUGCACAGAGGGAGUACAUCACGUUAAACAAGACGCGCAACGAGGGCUUCGGGAUGCAACUGGGAUGGAAACUGUUUGUGCAGGGGAUGAGCGAGUACGGUGUGGCUUCCAAUCAGGGGCUCCAGAAAGGGGAUACAAUUGUCAAGAUCAACAAUUGUCCCGUGGAAACUCUCAGCCUCUCCGACGCUAAGAGGAUCAUCCAGACAUCUGGGAACGCCCUCAACCUCGAGAUCAUCCGCGAGCCUCAAGCGCCACAAUUCUCCACACCAGCUUACGCCUCGCGGAGCGUGGACCGUCUGGAUCGGAUGUCCCUGGGCAGAGGGGAGGAGCAGCAGCCCCCACUGCAGAGAGGUUAUACUGACCCCCAGCUGCAGUCGCAGGCUCCUACUCUGACCAAUCAGAUGCUCCAAGAGCAGGAUGACGAUCCACUGCACAGCGCUCUACCACCAAGACCUCCACUACCCAGAGGAGAGCGACAACCACAAACCUUCUCAAUGCCGCCACCCCGGCCUCCAAGCCCAGGGAAGACAGAGUUUAUGGGAAUAUCGGACGAGGUAGUCGAAGGGGAAGAGCGCACCGUGUCGUUCAUUAAGGGCAAGAGUGUAGGGCUUCAGGUGAUCGGAGGUAACGAUUCGGGGGUGUACGUUGGGCGCAUACAGCCCGGUAGUAACGCCGCUUACGCCGCGUCGUACAACGGAGAGAGAAUACAUGUUGGCGACCGCAUUGUUGAGGUUAACGGAAUGAAUCUUCUCGGUAAGACAAAGGAAGAAGUCAUCCUUCUACUUCUUGGAGUCCUCAACGAAGUCAAACUUGUCUUGAGAGAGAGUUCGGCUUUUAAGGCUGUCCUUCAUGGAGGAAUCGGAGAUCGUUUCUUCAUUCGUGCCCACUUCGUGUACGAAGCCCCGACCCCAGAUGAGAUGGGCUUCACCAAGGGAACCGUCUUCCGUGUUGUGGACACCAUGCCAGAAGGGGUCAUGGGUCACUGGUUUGUGCUCCGUCUGGACCGAGCCAACACACCUGUGGAGAGGGGUAUUAUCCCAAAUGAUAACAGAGCGAGUCAAUUAAACCUGGCUCAUCAGAACAAAGAAGCCCAAGCUCUGAAACCGGUUUCCUACGAUGGGCGUAAAGGGAAGUUUAAGAGGCUAGGCAUGAGGGCCAGCAUGAGGUCCAAGUCCAUGAUAAAGGACCAGUGGGACGAAAUCAUAUUUGGUGGUCGAGUCUUAAAGUUUCCGGCCUACGAGCGUGUGGUUCUCAGAGAAGUUGGUUUUGCUCGUCCAGUGGUGAUCUUUGGUGCUGUGUCUGAUCUGGUCCGUGAGCGACUCCUCAGAGAGAUGCCUGAUAAAUUUGAAACUCCACUGAUGAACCACACUUUGGAUAGUAGACCUGGCGAGCCGAUGCACGUCAACCCACAGGGAUCCAUCAAACUGCAUGCAAUCAAGGACAUCAUGGAUAAGGGCAAACACUGUCUGCUUGACGUCACCCCAAAUGCCGUGGAGCAACUGAACUACGCCCAGUGUUACCCCAUCGUCAUUUUCCUGAACGCCGAGAGCCGUGCCCAUGUCAAAGCGAUCCGAGGACAGUUCCUUGGGGAGGGGGUGGAGAACAAAGGGUCUCGCAAACACUACCAGACGGCAAAGAAAAUGAAGAAGUUUUACUCCUAUGUUUUCACAGCCAUGAUACCGGUUAACCCAGAUAGUAUGUGGUACAGUCAGAUUAAAGAGGCAGUCCACAUCCAACAGAAUAAGAAGAUCUGGAUCUCAGAGGCAAAGAUCGGGGAAGACCUUGACGAAGACACAACACUGAACGUGAUUGGUCAGCUGACCCUCCCACCUGACUACGAGAGCGACGCGGAGUCCGUCUUCACUAAUGACUCCAGAUCAGUGGCCAAUGACAGCAUGGUGGAAUCUGACUUUGAGCCUGUGUCGCCCACCGAUACGUACAAGGACGACAGCUAUAACUUCCCCGAGGAAACUUUUGAGAAGAAGGAGGAGUUACCUGUUUUAGCAGUGGGCCCUCCGACCAGAGAAUACUCUUCAGAUGAGGAAGUAGAAGUCAAGCCUGUAAUUCGAAGCAGUCGUCCCCGCCACAAGAAACGAGCGGACAAACAACGCUCGGAGCCAAGACCUUCCAGCAAAGAGCGUGGCCUCUUGGGUCGUUUCCCAUCGCUCAGCCGCUCGGAGUCUCGCGGACGCCAGUCGGAUUUCGACGACGAAGACCUGGACGAUUCGAGCAAUGCCAAUAAGUACAAUGUCGACUCGCGGUCCAAAUACUCGGACCGUUUGGAGAAGACGUGGACGCCGACAGAGCGUCCAUCGCGCCGGGAGCACAUGAGGCGACGCGAGGUGAUUGAGAAGGAGAAAGAAGCGAAGGAAGAGGAGGCAAAGAUGAGGGCGGAGAAAAUUAACGCAGCCUCGUCGCAGCCAGGUAGUGCUCGCCCUGCACCCGCACCAGGGGCUGUUAAGCUACCUCAACUUGAUGCUCCACCACAGCGAGGCCAGCGACCGGUAACGGCUCCCAAGCCAAUAGUGGCUGCCAAGCCGGUAGUCGCCCGACCAACCACGGUUCCCCCUGCCGCUCCUCAAGCUAAACCCAGAGUUCCUCCUAAAGAAACCACCUUUGGGGUGAAAGAGACAACGUUUGGGGUUGAGGAGGACGUCGUCACAGAAACAAGCCCUCCACCUAUUCCUGAGAAACCAAGGAUGGAGACUACAUUUGGUGGAGAAAGUGACCUCCAAUGGGGUAUAGAAUUUGAUAGUCCAAACCUGAUGGAGGAGCCGGUCCUUCGUGCUGCUCCUCCUGCCCCAAAGCCAAAGCACGUUACAGAACCAGUCUAUGCACAAGUGCAGAAGGAUCGUCCAGAACCCCCAGCUAGAUCGGAGCCCCCUCCAAGACCAGAACCCCCUCGAAGUCUGGACCCCCCUCGAAGUCUGGACCCCCCUGAGUAUUCCCGCCCAACGAAUGGACUGUCAUUUUCUGAUGACGCAGCCCCCUCUUGGCAGGUCGAACCUGAUAUCAUCGCACCACGCCCUGUAGAGUUUCAGGAGAGUGCCCCGCCUUCCUGGAUGGUGGAGUCCCCAUAUGCCCAGGUUGACAGCGGGAUCGACAGACCAAGCCCCGAGGAGCCGCCACCAGAGUUUAAACGCCCCGAACCAAAGAUGGUGAGCAUCAAGUCCAACUAUGUGGAGUCUCACACGGUGACGCAAAUGGGUCGCCUUGAUGACUGGGACCAGUCCGGGGAGAGAGACCCGCCUCUGAUCAUGGCCCAGCCCCAGAGCACAGACUAUUCAGAACCACCCUCUAACAGUGACUUCAGGAAGCAAAUGAAAGAUGCGUACACCAAGCUGCAGAAGGUCCAGGUGCGGGAGAGCCCUCGAGGGUGGGAGCACCCCCAGGGAAGGAACAGCCCUACUGUGGAACUGACUCGGGUAGCGCAGACCGAGGAAGCACCCCCAAGAUGGGAAGAGCCCAGGCAAGAGGUUCCAAGUCGGGAGCCACCCAACGGGUUGUCUGACUCUGGUACAUCAGACACGGACAAGUACAGCAACAUUUCUGAAGGGAAGCCAGACCCAGCUCCCAGAGCGGCUCCUUACGACCGGCAGUCCUACAAGGAGUACAGGGAGGCCUUCUUCAAGAGAUCCAAGUCACCUGGAAGGCAGUACCAGGAGAACCUUUAUGCACCCAAGGGAUGGAACAGCAGGAAGAAGGACAACAACAAUGCUGCGUCCUUCUGGUCAAUCCCUAUCAGCGAGGACAGCCUAAAUGCUGACGAGGGACACGAAGUGCUGGACACAGUCAGGGGUUUCUUUGACUGCACCGGAGGGGUGCUGUCCUCGACAAGUACAGGGGUGAGCAUCGUCAUCCCCAAGGGUGCCCUCCCCGAGGGCGGCAGGCAGGAAAUCCUCUUCAAGGUCUGUCAGGACACCAACAUGCUACCCCCGCUGGACAAGGAUAAAGGUGAGGAUCUCUGCCCAGUUACUACAGAUAAACCAAACGGUUUAGAGGCUGGAAUCUAUUUAGGCGAGACACUCCUUAGCCCCGUGGUCAUCUGUAAGCCCCACGGUCUGAAGUUUCUCAAGCCGGUGGAGCUGCGUCUCCCGCACUGUGCUUCCAUGACACCUGAUGGUUGGUCCUUCAACCUCAAGUCCAGCGACGCUGGAACUGGCAACACUCCCUCUCAGUGGCAGAACAUGGUCAUACCAGGCGGUGAGGAAGGCCAGUGCCAAGUCAACGCUAACAGCGUCUCCAUUCUUGUCGACCACUUCUAAUAUAUAUGCACCCACGAUUUAGUUAAUCACGCAAGUUGUCUUUAGUAGCUGUAAACGUUCAUUUGUUGUUCAUGGACAGUUGUUCUAGUGACAUGUGAAGCAAUAGUGCAACUGAUUACAGUCAUGUUUAAAUCUCUUGGGGGAAUUUGGAUCCUGGUGUAAGUUUGUCAACGUAAUGCUGUAUUAUAGGCAAAAUGUUAUGAUACAUGUAGAUACACAAAUGUCACCAGUGAAACUUUCACUUUGGCUGUCAUGGACUUCUUAACAUUAUUACAUUAGAGUUUGAAGUUUUUACUGAAGCAGUGAAUAUUCAUCUGUAAAUAGUUUCAAUUUAGGUUUGUUAUUUUUUUUUUUUCAAAAGGGCAUGCAAAACUCAGGGGUUUUUUUUGUGAACAAAAUUUCAUUUGGUUGACUUUUUGUGUUAAAAAAUAAAUAAAAAAAGACCCUAAAAAAAAACUGGACAUUUUCUAUUUAACUUUGAUCAAAUUUGAACAUACAUUUGUACCAAAAAAAAAGGUUCUUCGUGAUUAAAAUCUUUUUGAGCUUCGCGGUAAAGUUACCUGGACCCAAUUUCAUGGCUCUGCUUACCAGAAGCAAAGAAUCUGUGCUUACAGAAGGAGGGAAUUCCGCGCUUACAGAAGCAGGGAAUUCCGCGCUUACAGAAGCAGGGAAUUCUGCGCUUACAGAAGCAGGGAA